GCCCUCUCUGUGGAUAAACUUUUUGAUGAGCUGUACAUUGUCUUUAAAGACCUCAUCAAGAAGAAUAUUGAAUUUAAAGGGAAACUUGAAGGCAUCGAAGCCAAGCUAGAAGCUCUAAAGCCGGUGAUCCGAGACAUGGUGCAGAAUAAUGAGGUAUUAGAUCGCUCAAGGAAGGAACUAACAGGUUUAACUGGAGUUAUGGAGUCUGGCAUUAAGAUCAUUGGCAAGUGCUCAAAGUUUCGGGUGUGGAAGGUCUUCAAGAAGUACAAAUACGCCAACGAACUUAUUUAAUGGGAGAAAAGUCUAGAAAGUGUGUUAGUUAUCCUGAACGUGCAGACCAGCAGGGAUGUGAAGGACAUUGCAAGAGAGGUGAAGAAGAAUGCAGGGGUUUUGCCUGCAGAUAGGUUGAAGAAUGUGGAGACUUUGGUAGAGAAUAUAGAGGAAAAAUUGGACCAAAUUGUGAUACAAAAUCAACCUGGGGAACCUAAAGCCUGGAUGAGUACUGAAGUACCUGAGCUUCCACGUUUUGCAGUGGGACUGGACAAGCAUUUGAAGGAAUUGAAGAUGAAGCUUCUUAAGGAUGGCGGGUCAAUGCUUGUAAUAACAGCUCCUGGAGGGUCUGGCAAAACCACUUUGGCUAAAAUGUUUUAUCAUGAUCAUGAGGUCAAAGAUAAAUUCACCAAGAACAUCUUUGUUACUGUUUCAACAAAGUCCAACUACAUUGUUGUGCAAGAACUAUGUCAAAAGUUGGGUUCCCAGGAAUCGACAUUCCCAAAUGAAGAUGGUGCAUUCAGCUGGCUGAAGGAAUUUCGGAAGGAAACCUCACAAAUUCCUUUUCUUCUCAUCCUGGAUGAUGUUUGGUCUAAAUCAGAAUCCCUUCUUGAGAAGUUUAAUGAACAGAGUAUACAAUCAAAUUUCAGUAUCUUGGUGACAUCAAGAUCUUCAUUUCCAAGUUUUGGUUCUCAAUAUCCUUUAAAUGCAUUGACUCAUAAAGAUGCGAUGACUCUUUUUCGGCAUUCAGCAAUCCGGGGAGAUAAGAGCUAUAAUGUUCCAGAAAAUCUUCAGGACAAGAUAGUAAGGCAUUGUAAGGGAUGUCCACUUGCUAUUGAAGUGGUCGGAAAAUCUCUAUGUGGAAAAUUUACAGAAUCAUGGCUUAAAAAACUAAACGACUGGCCCAAAGGUGCUUCUAUUUUUGAUACCGAGACUGAAGUGCUUCUUUGCCUCAAAAGUAGCUUAGUAUUUUUGUAUACUUGA